GGCCGGCGGGCCCGGGCCUAAAAGGCGGCGCGGGCGGGGCUCCUGACGCAGCGGCGGGCGGCGGGCGGCGGGCGGCGCGCGCACUCCGAGCUGGGUUGCGGCUCCCGGGUCUCCCAGGCCCGGCCGGCGCGGAGAGCAUGGCGGGCACGGGCCCGAAGCGGCGCGCGCUGGCGGCCCCGGCGGCCGAGGAGAAGGAAGAGGCGCGGGAGAAGAUGCUGGGCGCCAAGAGCGCGGACGGCGCGGGCCCGGCGGGCGAGGGCGAGGGCGUGACCCUGCAGCGGAACAUCACGCUGCUCAACGGCGUGGCCAUCAUCGUGGGCACCAUCAUCGGCUCGGGCAUCUUCGUGACGCCCACGGGCGUGCUCAAGGAAGCGGGCUCGCCGGGGCUGGCGCUGGUGGUGUGGGCCGCGUGCGGCGUCUUCUCCAUCGUGGGCGCGCUCUGCUACGCCGAGCUGGGUACCACCAUCUCCAAGUCGGGCGGCGACUACGCCUACAUGCUGGAGGUCUACGGCUCGCUGCCCGCCUUCCUCAAGCUCUGGAUCGAGCUGCUCAUCAUCCGGCCCUCCUCGCAGUACAUCGUGGCCCUGGUCUUCGCCACCUACCUGCUCAAGCCGCUUUUCCCCACCUGCCCGGUGCCCGAGGAGGCAGCCAAGCUCGUGGCCUGCCUCUGCGUGCUGCUGCUCACGGCCGUGAACUGCUACAGCGUGAAGGCCGCUACCCGGGUCCAGGAUGCCUUUGCCGCUGCCAAGCUCCUGGCCCUGGCCCUGAUCAUCCUGCUGGGCUUCGUCCAGAUCGGGACGGGUGAUGUGUCCAAUCUAGAUCCCAAGUUCUCAUUUGAAGGCACCAAAUUGGAUGUGGGGAACAUCGUGCUGGCAUUAUACAGCGGUCUCUUUGCCUACGGAGGAUGGAAUUACUUGAAUUUCGUCACAGAGGAAAUGAUCAACCCCUACAGAAACCUACCCCUGGCCAUCAUCAUCUCCCUGCCCAUCGUGACGCUGGUGUAUGUGCUGACCAACCUGGCCUACUUCACCACCCUGUCCACCGAGCAGAUGCUGGCUUCCGAGGCCGUGGCCGUGGACUUCGGGAACUAUCACCUGGGCGUCAUGUCCUGGAUCAUCCCCGUCUUCGUGGGCUUGUCCUGCUUCGGCUCCGUCAAUGGGUCCCUGUUCACAUCUUCCAGGCUCUUCUUCGUGGGUUCCCGGGAAGGCCACCUGCCCUCCAUCCUCUCCAUGAUCCACCCACGGCUCCUCACCCCUGUGCCGUCCCUCGUGUUCACGUGUGUGAUGACACUGCUCUAUGCCUUCUCCAAGGACAUCUUCUCCGUUAUCAACUUCUUCAGCUUCUUCAACUGGCUGUGCGUGGCCCUGGCCAUCAUCGGCAUGAUCUGGCUGCGCUAUAGAAAGCCCGAGCUGGACCGGCCCAUCAAGGUGAACCUGGCCCUGCCUGUGUUCUUCAUCCUGGCCUGCCUUUUCCUGAUCGCCGUCUCCUUCUGGAAGACCCCCGUGGAGUGUGGCAUCGGCUUCACCAUCAUCCUCAGCGGGCUGCCCGUCUACUUCUUCGGGGUCUGGUGGAAAAACAAGCCCCAGUGGCUCCUGCAGGGCAUCUUCUCCACGACCGUCCUGUGUCAGAAGCUCAUGCAGGUGGUUCCUCAGGAGACAUAGCCAGGAGGCCAAGAGGCUGCCAGAGGAGCAUGCGCAGAGGCCAGUUAACGCAGCUCACGCCCUCGAACCCACUCCGGUUCCCCACAGUCCACAGCUCAGCUGCGCAUCCCAGUCCCUCGCUGUCCCUCCCAGGUCAGGCGGCGGAGCUGCUGUGAAAACUCUGGUACGAAUCUUGUCCCUCAGCUGAGGUCGAGUCCGGGACCCAGGUGUGCCUGUGCUCCUGGCCCUGGAGCAGCGUUUGGUCUCGUCGGGCCCCUUUUCUCUUCCCUCCUUUGUUUACUUGUUUUGUUUUGUUUUUUUUUUAACUUAAAUUUUGGGUCAACUUGACACCACUAGGAUGAUGAUUUUUUAAGGAGCUGGGGAGGGCAGGAGCCUUCCUUUCUCCUGCACACUAUGUGCCCCAAGGGACCAGACCCUGGGCGAACAGAGCUACUGAGACUUGAAACCUCAUUGCUACCAUAGACUUGCACUGAAAGCCGGACAGCUGCCCAGACUCAUGUGCUUGUGACAUUCAUGAAAACCAACGCUGUGAGCUUAUAUCUCUGCCUUAGGGUUUGCAGAAUGGAAACUCAGCCGUAGGGUGGCACUGGGAUGGGGGUGGGGGAUCCAGGCGAGGUGGAGGGUCCGAGGUGGGUGAUUCCAGAGCUCCUCCCAGGGGGUACCUGAGGCCCUGUUGGACUCCAGACCGUAUAUCCUAGCCCCGAGACACCAUCCCAAGCCAGGGAACAGCCCCGGGCAGGAGGUGCCGGCAUCUCCCCUAGCUCACCAGGCCUGGCCUCUGGGCAGUGCGACCUCCUGGCUAUUUCUGUGUCCAGUUUUGGAGGCUGAGUUCUGGUUCAUGCAGACAAAACCCUGCCCUUCAGUCUUCUAGACACAGACAAGAGAGGCAGACACACCAUGGCCAGGUACCCAAGUGGGAACCCACUCUGGGCUCCACACAGCAGUGUCCCCUGUCCUGGAGGUCACAGCUACCCUCAGGCUCCAAAGCUUUGGCCUCUGUGCUGCCCAAAUCCCUGCCCAGCAGCCCCUUCUGGCCAGGGCUGGGUUCCGCCUCCCGGCCAAAGCACCUCCCCACUCUCCCUGUCACCCUCACAUCUUGUCCUGGUCCUCCUGAUGCCCGUUGUCUAGGAGACAGAGCCAAGCACUGCUUACCUCUCUGCCGCCUGCGUUUGGAGGUCCCUGGGCUCUCACCCAGUCCUCACCUUCCUGCAGAGAGGGAGAUAGCAGCCCCCACUGUUUCUGUUGUUCCCGUGAAUUUUUUUCCGUAUGGGAGGCAGCCGAGGCCUGGCCAGUGUGGUCCACUUUCCUGAGCUGUUGCUGCCUCUGUGGCUGCAGCCAGGGGCCCGCAGAACAAGAAGACCCCACCGGGGCCCCUCCUGAGGUCUGGGGGGCUCUGUCUUCUCUUCUCCCCAGCUAGAGGUGGAGCCAAGUGGUCCAGAAUCACUCCAGUGCUCCGCUGUGGCUGGAGGAGCUGGCCUGUGGCACAGCCCUGAGUACCCCAAGCCGGGAGCCACUGGAGCAGGGCUGGACAUGGCUUCACUGACCAGCGGCUGCUCAAGCUGCAAGCUCUGAGCCGGUGCUCAGUGGAGCCUGCCGCCCCCUGCCUGGGCCCCAGGACCCCCUUAUCAUCCAGUGGGCCUACAGAAACCUGAUGGACAGUUUGGGGACCUGGGGCCAGAUGUCCAUCUCUCUUGCUUGAGGAAUGAAGACUUUUAUUCCAGAGCCCAGGGGCCCAUCCAGCCCUGGCACCCCCGCCCCGUUGCUUCCUGCUGCACAUGGACCGACUUCCACAGUAUCUGCUCACGGGUACUGCAUCCUUCCUGGGGCCGAAUCCCACUCGUCCAAGGGACAGCCCACAGUCUGGACGCCAAGGACCACCAGUGGGCAGAUGGACUGACUGUUGGGCAAGACCUCUUCCCUCCGGUUCUGUUCUCUGGGCAGCAGAUAAGGACAGUAGCUGGUGCCCUACCUGCCUGGCGCGUUGCUGUGCAAAUCCAGGAGGCAGUGGACAUUGUAGGCGGCCACGGCCCCGGGUCUGGGAGAGGUGCUGCCUGGAUGCAUGCGUCCCACUGGAGCUGGCGGGGCCCACGCACGACGCCAGCCUCUUCCCUUCCCGCCUCAGGUAGGGGUCCUCAGGAUGCCGUUCUGUUCCAGCCUCCUGCUCUGGGAGGUGGGCAUGCCUCAAGGAUGCAGGGAGCCAGUGGACUCUCUGACACGUGCUUGCCGGUUGGCUGCUGCGGCUGUGGGCGAGCAUGGGGGCUGCUCUGUGUCUGUUGCAGGAAGUAGCUGCUGAGUGAAAUGGCGGGGGCCGCUGGGGUCCAUCUUCACACUGCAUAGGUCUCUUCCAGGCAUCUGGGCUGGGGUGGGAGCUCCUCCGCAGAAGGUCGAUGGGGGGUUCAGUCUGUGAUCCUUGGUGCUGUGUGCCCCACCCCAGCCUGGGGACCCCACUUCAGAAGGUAGGGGCCAUGUCCCGAGGUGCUGACUGAGGCCUGCUUCCCCCUCCCCUUCCUGCUGUGUUGGAAUACCACAGGGGACCAGGGCCACCACAGGGGACCAUCUCAGACGACUUCGUUUUUCCGUCCCUUUUUCUCCACACUCCACUGACAAACGUCCCCAAAGGUUUCCACUUGUGGGUUUCAGGUGUUUUCAAGCACACCCCACCAAAACAAGCAAGUGUUUUUUCAGUCGUUUUGCUUUUUUGUUUUGUGCUAACGUCUUACUAAUUUAAAGAUGCUGUCGGCACCGUGUUUAUUUAUUUCCAGUGGUCGUGCUCAGCCUUGCUGCUCUGCGUGGCGCAGGUGCCACGCCUGCUCCUCGUCUGUGUCCCGACCACGCAGGGCCAUCCACUGUGACGUCGGCUGACCAGGCCGGAGACCCUCUGCCGAGUAAUGACGUGUGUGCCUGGGACCGUUUUUAUUCUGUGUUAAUGGCUAACCUGUUACACUGGGCUGGGUUGGGUAGGGUGUUCUGGCUUUUGUGUGGGGUUUUUAUUUUUAAAGAAACACUCAAUCAUCCUA